AUGACCGCCACCCUAGAACGAAGUAUAUCCCGCACAUCCAGCGUCUCCAUGCCCCUGUCACCCAUGAUCUCCUUCCGCCAUGAAGCCACGACUCCCAUCUCCGAAUCGUCCCUGUCCCAUCUCCACGACCGUCUCUCCGUCAUCGACUCACGCCUCCUCGAAAUACGAUCAACUGUUCUGACCAAGGACGGAUACGCCGAUCGACGCAACCGAGAAGAUGAACAUAUCCGUCGAGAGUUCGAAGCCAACCGGUCCAUCAGCAACAGAAUCGAUCUGAACGUGGUCGCCUUACGAGCGGACGUCGGCCAGUUGAAGUCGGGUAUCCUGCAGCUAAAAUCCAGCUUAGGGCAAGCCGGCAACGAAACCGUCUUGCUUCGCAGCGAUGUGGACCGCCUGUCCAAGAAUGUCGACCAGAUCCAGGACGAUCUAGAACACAUGCAGACUGAUGUCUGUGGGUGCCGUGUGGAAAUCAGUAAACUGCACUCGACUAUCAGCCAGCUGCGCACCGAUCUCAUUACCCUGCAACACGAGACAUCGCGACAUCUCAACUCAAUGUUUGAGCGGUUCUCUGAGCGGUUCUGCCUUAUGGAAUCGCGCAUGAAGCAUUCUGAACGUGUCCGGUUUAACUCCCUGGCUCAUACAACCCACGCUCCUGUUACACCUGUUCCGGUUGUUGAGGAAGAUGGCACCAUGCGAUGGCCCGACUAUUUCCCUAGAACCGUUUGGAGGUUCUGGUGUCUGAAGAAACGCAGUCGACAUCAUCGCCUGGCACAACUUGCCGAAUUUUAUCAGCUUGGUGGAUACGAAUGCUGGGGCCGCAUGCAUCAGACCGACGGAAUGUUCAACGACAGCGACUCUAGUGACUCCAGCGACUGCUCUUCGAACAUGAGCCGCGCUGAAGCCGUUCGCAUGUUCCCGGAAGCCGCCCACCAGGCCCUGGCCGCGACCCUGGGCCUUGUCUACUACAAGAUCCGCAACGAGGUUGGAGACAACCUGCCUCUGUCUCCUAUCCAGCGUCCACCCAAGCGCCAGCAGGAAGAGGUUCCUUCUGUCUCAUCAAGCUCUAAGCAGAAGCCCGUCAAGAUUCCCCGCCGUCCGACGAAUCUCUCCCCUACCGCCCUUCACAGACUCAUCACCGGCGGACCGUCGAUGGAGUCCAAGUCACUGACAUCGGAAGAAUCCGCUCGGCUGGGAUGGAACGCAAACGCGUCAUCUGAUUUCUCAGACGACGCAAUGAGCAAGCUCCGCGGGAUUGUUUCAGAGGAAGUCGGCACUAUCCUCCGGGCUUUGGAACGUGGCCGGUUAAAGAUGAAGCCUAGCAGAUCUGAGCGUAUGGAGAUGAGCCCGACGGGCUCCUCCAGCUCUCGCAAUGAGAAAGCGCCCGCUGUCAGGGAGAGGGAUCUGGAACCGACCAUCCCGGACACGAUUGCUACUGAACUUGUCUCGCUGUCUUCGAGGAAGAUCGCGCAGAGGCUAGGCGUCGAGAUUGAACCUACCAUCCCUGAUACUGCCUCUGAAACCACCAGCGUGUCGACGUGA